GAAAUCUUGUGCGCCGUUGAUUUAUUCCACAUCUCUCUCAGUGCGAACCACCAUUUGACAGUGGAAGCUCACAUAGAAGAGGCCAGUCAUGCACUCAAAAGCCUUGGUCGCAUCGGCGCUCUUCUCGAGCAGCCUUGCUUCAAUCGUCACGCCAUCGGUCUCUGCCGCAGACCCUACCAUUACUCCGGGCCCGAACAUUGAGCUUCUGAGGAAGCAGAACGAUGCCCGUUUCAUGGGAUGGGUAUCCAUCUCUGGUGUUUGGACAUCUCAGCAAUGCGAAUUAGGCGCUAGUCUGUAUCAGAGCGGAGGUCACUGGCGAUGCUGCGCGACUACAGCUGCUGGCUGCGACAUCCCGCAGGCUUGCGUCAAUGGCAACUUGAUCUUCGAUGGUGCUCUGCUAGGAAGCAGUACAUCCUUGACCUUUCCUUGUACCUCCGUCUACGAUGAUCCAACAGAUCGCUCAUUCACCGUCUGCAACACCGCUUUCUUGUAUGAGAACGAACAGGACUCAAGUCCUCAGACAAAUGUGAACUGCGGAGUCAGCAGCGUCAACUGGUCAUACUGGCGGGUCCAACCCGAAGCUGCGAAGACCACAGCGGCCCCCUCCAUCACCCGCUCCAGCACAAACCCCACCCUCACCGACAUCAACGACCCCACCGACGCAGAUCCAACCCUCGUUCCUACCACCCCCGCGCCCAAAAAAUCCUCCAGCAAAGCCUGGAUCGCCGGCGCCGUCGUCGGGCCCCUCCUCGGCCUCGCCCUCAUCGGCGGCCUGAUCUGGUUCUUCCUGCGCCGCAAGAAGACGGCCGCCGCCGCCGCCCCUCCCCCAGCCCAAACCACGGCCGCCGCUGCGCCCCCGCAGUACUACCCCCCGCCCAUGCAGCAGAAUGCCAGCGCGGCGCCCUUCGGUGUCGCCGACGGCAAGCAGUGGGCGCCGCAGUCGCCGCAAUCGCCGGUCAGUUCGGUGCCGAGUCCGGGGCCGUAUGGCGGGCAGUAUCCGCAGCAGGGCGGGCAUGCGGGGCCUGGGCAGGAGUUUGUGCAGCCUGUGUAUGGCGCACCCAGUCCUAGUAUGAGUCCGCCGCCGCUGCAGCAGCAGGGGGGUUAUGCACCGCAGCAACAGCAGCAGCAGGCAUUUGAGGCAAGGCCGUUUUCAACAGAGUUGGAUGCUACUCCGCCGGUCGCGCCAAAGGGGCAGUAGGUAGGUGAGUGACGGAAUGAGGGAAGGAGGGGAUAGUAGAGAGGAUAGUGGAAUCGGGGGAGACGUGUGUAUGUGAGGACGGUUGUGUGUGU